AUUUUUACUUUAAUUAUACAUUCAAUUGACUAUUUAAGAAUAUGACUAAUUCUUUACUUGAUGUUAUAGAUAAAGUAGAUUCAUAUUCUUAUGAACCAGAUCAUAGUAACUAUACUUUAUAUGCUCAUGAUGGUCUUACUGCAAUUGGACUUAUCCGAGUAGAUAUCGCCCAACAUUUUGGUAACUCCUCCGGGUUUUCAAUUAAUCAUGAAACCAAAUCUGUUUCAAUUGAUUCUCAAUAUGAUACAAUUUCUAAAAGAGAUGAAUUAUUUGCAUCAAUUGCAUCCCAAUGGAGAAAAUAUCCUGAAUUCGAACAAUUACUUGAUCAUGGUUGGAGAAAUGAAUUAUAUACAGUUUAUAAUCCAAGUAGUGUUCCUUAUUUACAUUUAGAAAGAGCAUUUUCAGUUUUAACAGGUUGUAUUACUUAUGGAACUCAUUUAUGUGGUUAUGUUCCUGCUAAUAAAUCAUCCAAUGGGAAAUUAAAGAUUUGGAUUCCAAGACGUUCUAAAACAAAAUCAACAUUCCCCGGUUUAUUAGAUAAUACAGUCGCUGGUGGUCUUGGUUAUCCUUAUGGAAUUUGGGAAACUGUUGUAAAGGAAUCAUAUGAAGAAGCAGGAUUAAGUGGUUCAUUUAUUGAAUCUCAUACUAAAGCUGCAGGAGUACUCCUGUAUAUGUAUCUUACAGAAGAUAAUAGAGUACAACCAGAAGUAGAAUUUUUAUAUGACAUCGAAUUUGACGAUGAGCACACAGUAGUCCCAAUCCCAGUUGACGGUGAAGCAGAAGAUUUUCAACUUUUAGAAGUCGAAGAUAUAUUAGUUAAAAUUAAAAAUAAUGAAUUUAAACCUAAUAGUGCAUUAGUCGUUAUAGAUUUCUUAAUUAGGCAUGGAAUUAUUACUCCAGAAUCAGAAAAGUUUUAUGGGCAAAUUGUAAGUAGAAGUCAUAGAAGAUUACCAUUUCCCACUCUCUAAAUGGUUAUAAUCUAAAUCCUUAUAAAAUAGAAAGAAAUAAAAGUACUUUAUUAUCAUGAUAUAAACUCCGAAAUCAUAAC